GUUCCCUCCUGGAAAAAUCCGCUCACGUCCCCAAGAGUGCAGGAGAGGAUCUUGGCGAAGCAGGAGGCUCUCUUGCCUGCUGGGAGAGUCGGGGAGAGGAUUACACCAGUUCCUUGACACGUUUCCUCCCUGCUGGGAGAAGCCUAGUGCGGACCCCGGAGUCAACGCCCAAGACUGGGCGCCCUCGUGCGGGGCUAGAGAAGACCUCGAGGUGGGAGCGCGGGCGGCGCGUCUGGCCCGCUAGCUGCAGCCGGCGCCGAGCGCGCACGGCCACCGAGAGCCGGCGCCAACAGCAUGGAGUGGGAGCUCAACUUGCUGCUCUAUCUGGCGCUCUUCUUCUUCCUGCUCUUUUUACUUUUCCUCUUGCUCUUCGUGGUCAUCAAGCAAUUGAAGAACUCGGUGGCCAGCACUGCCGGAUCUCUCCAGCCCGGGCGGCUCUCGCUGCACCGGGAGCCUUGGGGCUUUUCUCGCGAGCAAGCAGUGUGACGCCUCCGAGGCCGGCGCUCGGACCCGGUACUCGCUGGAGCCCCCAGGGGCGCGCUGCCGCCCGGCAAGACGCUGCAACUGGAGAGGGAGCGCGGAGCUGAGCGGGCUCAAGGAGGACUCUUGGCCUCGCUUCUCUGUGCGCACAGCCGCCCAGGUUCCAAGUGCAGGGCUCCGCGGUGGCGCCGGCAGAUUUACGUCAUCUAGCGUUCUGGAGCUGGCCUUUUGCCCUUGGCUGGUGUGCCGAGGAUGGCAACUGCAAUUAAGCCUUGUAUUGGCGAUCCCUUCACGGAAAAAACGUGAGCAAGGGGAGAUUGAUGAAGCUUUCUUCAAAUGCAGUGCCAUUGGUGUGCAAAGAUUUGACCCAUCCCUGACUCUUCCUAGACAAGAGAGUAGAACCCAGGGUAACCAAGAGUUGGAAAAGGCAAUUGCUGGUGUUGGUUCAGCAGCUCAUGGAUAUCAGGGCAAGGUGGUUGCUGAAGUUCCAUUGGCUUUUUCCUCUAGGUUCCAAGAUGGUUGCUGCAGCUCCAGACAAGAAGAAGGAGGAAGCCCAAAUGAAUAAAAAGGGCUUCUUCCUUUUAGAAAGCCUUUUUAGCAGCUCAGAAACUUUCACUUACAUCUCAAUGGCCAGACCUGCUUAACUGGAUACUGCUGUCUACAAGGUUGCCUGAAAAAUGUAGUUUCUUUGGCUGGACGUAUAACUAACUGCCUUCAACAAAAGUCUGGUUUCUCUUGAUAAGAGAGAAGAUGGGUGGUGGAUAACUAGCAGUCUAUGCCAUGGUUACAAAACACAGCUGCAAAGGAACAUAAUGUUUUGAAACCAGUCAAAACUAUAGCUCCUUUACAACUCGCAAAACUCAGAACAACACUGGUCAGCUCUGAGAGAGUGAGGGCAAAGUGAAGACAUGUUAGGUUUUCUCAUGAAACAUUUGAUGGGACUGACCUUCUUUCAGCCAGUAUUUUUGCCCCAUGUCAGGAUUUUCUAGAGAAGAACCCUGGAGAUCUGCACAUUUUCUUGGUGGACAUAAUCUCUUUAGAUUAGUAGAGGUUUGUCAUUGGAUAAUGUUCAACUUUGCUGUUUCCUCAUAUGCAUCACUCAGAUUUUUUGAUUGUAUGUAGCUUUAUACUAUGUUUUCAAAUUUAUUUGGUUAAUUUAAUUUAUUUAUUUUCAAUUGUGGUAAAAUAUGCAUAACAUAAAAACCAUUUUAACCAUUUUUUGUGGACAGUUCUUUGACAUUAAGUGCAUUGCCAAUACUGUGAAACUUUUACCACUAUCUAUUCCAGACUAUUUCAUCAUCCCAAACCAAAACUUAUUCUCAUUUAGCAAUAAUUUCCUAUUCCCACUCCUAUCAUGCUUUGUAAUCAUUAUUCUUCUGUCUUAAGAAUUUGCUUUUUCUAGGUAUUUCAUAUAAGAGAAAUCAUACAAUAUUUGUCCUUUUGUGUCUCGCUUAUUUCACUCAACAUCAUGUCUUCAAGAUUCAUCCAUGUUGUAUCAUGUACUAGCACUUCACUUCCUUUUAUGGCUGAAUAAUAUUCCAUUGUAUGGAUAUACUACAUUUUGUGUUUAUCCAUUCGUCUGUUGAAGCACACUUGGGGUUUAUUCCUCCUUUUGGCAAUUGUUAAUAAUGCUGUGAUGAAUAUUAGUGUCUAAAUAUCUGCUCAAGUCCUGGCUUUCAAUUCUUUAGGGUAUAUACCUAGGAAUGGAAUUGCUGAGUCAUAUGGUAAUUCUUUGUUUAACUUUCUGAGUUUUCAACAGUGGCUGCACCAUUUUACAUUCCCGCCACCAAUAUAUGAAGCUUCCUUUGUCUUUGCAUCCUUGCCAUCACGCCAUCCUAGUGUGUGUGAAGUGGUAUCUCAUUAUAGUUUUAAUUUGCAUUCCUCUAAUGGCUAAGUGAUGUUGAACAAAAUAAAGAGAGAGAAAUUAUAAACAAGAACCAAACAAAAAUUUUGUAGCUGCAAGGCACAGUAACUAAAAUGAAAGAGUCCCUAUAUGAAUUCAACAGCAGAUUUGAACAGGAAGAAAGGAUCAGUGAACUUGAAGACAAGACUAUCGAAAUUAUCCAUUGUGAGGACCAGAAAGAAAAGCUAAUGAAGAAAAAUGAACAGAGUCUGAGGGACUUCUGGACCAUCAUCAAGUAUAUAUAUAUAUAUAUAUGCAUCAUUGGAUGAGAGAGAAAGGGGCAGAAAAAGCAUUUGAAGCAAAAAUGACUCAAGACUUCCCCAAACUGAUAAAAGACAGGAGUAUACACAUCCAGGAAACUCAAUGAACUCCAAGCAGGAUGGACUCUAAAAGGUACACUAAGGCAAAUUAUAGUGAAAUUGUCAAAACUCAAAGACAAAGAGAGGUUUUUUGAAAGCAACAAGAGAGAAGCAACUUAUCACAUACAAGGUUAACCCAAUAAGGUUAACACUGGAUUAAGACAAUGAGAUGGCAUAUUUAGAGUCCUUAAAAAAAUAUAUAUAUAUCUUUCAAAAAUGAAAGAGAAAUUAAGACAUUUAUAGAUAAAAUCUGAAAGAGUUCAUUACCAAAAAACCUGCCCUACAAGUCUUUGGUAAGGCACUUUUAAAAGGAGUCCUUCAGGCUGAAAUAAAAGGACACCAGACAGUAACUUGAAGCCAUAAGAAGAAACAAACAACAUUGGUAAAAGUAACUACACACAUAAAUAUAAAAUCCUGUAUUAUUGUACUUUUGGUUUGUAACUGCUUUUUCUCCCUUAUGUAACUUAACAGGCAAUUGUGUAGAAUAAUGUUUAAAAUUUAUGUUAAUGGGCAUACAAUGUAUAAAGAUGUAUUCUGAGACAAUAGUAAUAUAAAUGGGGAGGGACAGAGAUAUAUAUAGGAGUAGAGAGUUUGUAUACUAAUGAAACUGGUUGGUACUAGUCAAAUGAGGUUGUUAUUAGAUUAAGAUGUUAAUUAUAAUUACAAAAGUAAUCACUAAGAAAAUAACUAAAAAAUAUAUAGAGAAAAGGAAAGAAGGGACUCAAAAUUAUACACUGCACAAAAGGAACUAAAUACAAAAAAAAUGGGCAGUAAUAGAGUGAUUGAGGAUCAGAAAAACAUCCUUCUAAAGUGAAAAUACUACCUACAGAAUGGGAGAAAAUGUUUGGAAACCAUAUAUCUGAUAAGGUUUUAAUAUCCAGAAUAUAUAAAGAAAUCCUACAACUCAACAACAAAAAGACAAUCCAACUAAAAAAUGAGCCCAGGAUUUGAAUAGAUAUGUCUCCAAAGAAUACAUUCAGGUGACCAAUAAGUAUAUGAAAAGAUGUUCAACCACAUUGCCACUUAGAUUUUUGGUGAAGUCCAGGCUUAUGUAUUUGAUCCCAUAAUAGAAUCAUUCUCUUUCAUGCACAGGCCACCUUACUCCUUCCACCACCAAUUCAGGAGUAUCCUGGGGAGAAGAAUGGUCUCUCAAAGCUGCUUCCAUCAGCAGCCUACAUCCUUGUUGAGCAAAGGAAGAAGUGCUUCCCACAUCUAAGGCUGUCCAAAGAACUUUCUGUGAUGACAGAAAUGUUCUGUAUCUGUCCAGUGCAGUAGCUACUAGUCACAUGUGACUAAUAGCACUGGAGGAGGGGUUAGUGUGGCUGAGGAAGUACAUUUUUAAUUUAUUUAAUUUAAAUUUAAAUUUAAAUGCCACAUGUGUCUAUGGCUACUCUGUUGAGCAGCACACUGCACAUCCUUCUCUUGUGUUUUAGAACCAGCAGCUGAGGUUUGGGCCAGUCAUGUGGUUGGUGUCCCGUGUCUUCACUAUCCCACAUUGCCAGUGCACCUGCUCCCUUAGGAAAAGGAGAAAUGUUAUCUUGGAACUGCUAUCAAGAUAUUAACUUGACACCUGUACAUUGCAUGUAUUCCCAUAAUAAAUGGGAUGAUCUCCUGGGAAUAGGUCUUGUGAUUGAUUUUAGUGAUAAUUGAUAACAAAAAAAUGGUGGUACCAGUCCACUUAACUUUCCCAGUGAACAGUAUGUAUUUCUAGUCAAGUGAUUCAGCAGAGAUUGUGUUGUUCUGUUGUGUAGUUCAUUCCAUGUUACUUUGUAAUAUUGUGGCUGCUAAAUUAUUCCAGGUAUGUUUUUCAAAAUUCUUAGUGGUUUGUAUUUUUUAAAAGGAUGUGAAAUUAAAAAAUUAUAUGUAAAUAA